AUGCCUCUACAUCUUUUAGGCAAGAAAUCGUGGAAUGUCUACAACCCCAAGAAUAUCGAGCGCGUGAGGCGCGACGAAGCAGCUGCCAAAGCCCGCGACGAGGCCGAAGAGCAACGCCAGCAAGAAGUCGAUGCCGAACGUCGUCUAGCCAUCCUACGAGGCGAGAUCCUCCCACCUUUGCCCCCUCCCUCUCCCCCUCAGUCGAACGUUGAAGAUGAGUCUCGUAGCCAGAAACGAAGUCGCGAUGAGGAUCCGGCAGCACCAAGUCGGGGUAGGGAGCGGAGGAAGCGAAAGCGCGUAGGAGAAGAUGAUACAGAUUUCGAAUUGCGCCUUGCGCGCGAGCAGGCGAGUGCUACGCAGACGACAAGCGAUGCGCUUGUAAAGAGCACCAGUAAUGCCCCACUCGUGGAUCACACCGGUCAUAUAGACUUGUUCCCCGAAGAGCGAUCGCGUGUGCCUAUACAGAAAAACGAAGAGGCCGAACGAGAAGCUGCCAAGAAGAAGCGGGAAUAUGAAGACCAGUACACUAUGCGCUUCUCUAACGCCGCUGGCAAGGAGGGAUUGGUUGGCCCUUGGUAUGCAAAAGGUGGCGAUAUUAAGGAAGUUGUAGAUGGUAACCUGGACGCACCGAGUAAAGACGUAUGGGGUAACGAGGACCCGCGGCGGAAGGAUCGGGAGGCUGCACGCGUUGUAGCUAAUGAUCCUCUUGCAAUGAUGAAGAGAGGUGCCGCGAAGAUUAGGGAGGUUGAGAAAGAAAGACGAAAGCUGAACGAGGAGAGAGAGCGGGAGCUGAAGCAGCUUCGAAAAGAAGAGAAGAGACGGGAGAGGAGAAGGCGACGAGAGGGGAGAAAGGAUUAUGAUGACCUUGAGGGGUUCACUCUAGAUGGUACAGCCUCCAGUAAACCCCCGGCCCGCUCUAAGGAUGACGACGAUCAUUAUCAACAUCGACGGUAUCGCCACUCCGAACAUAGAGAACACAAAGAGCACCGAUAUGAUAAUCAGAAACAAAGUUCCCGAUCAGACCACCAGGAGCGAGAUCAGGGAUUAUCGAAACAUGACAGACGGCGAGAAGGGAGGGCAGACAACUACUAG